UUUCAAGAUAUUUACAAGGUUAUGUUGUAUUCACAACAAUUUAAGUUUGCGAUUACAGCGAUUAUAAAUAAUAACGGUAGAAUUCAACAUUAAACAAAAAUGUCCUUGAUUAUAAAUUCGCCUUAAUUGUUACUGUUAUUGUUGUUGUUAUUAUUUUAUAUUAUUUUUCUUUUUUGCAACAAGGCAAGAGAGAAAGAGAGAGCAUUGAAGACAAUUGAAGAGAGAGUCCAUUGAAUUCGUCAUUUGUAUUUCUCUUGCCGGUUAUAAUUAAUUAUUUCAUACUAAUUGUAUAUUUAUAUAAUUUAAUUUCAUUAUUUAUUAAAUAAUAUAAUAAACAAUGAAUGAAGUACCAAGAUUAACACGUAAAUUACGUAUAUUUACAAAUUUAGGAAGACCAAAAUUACCAAUAAAUAUACCAGAUAAUGAUUUAUCAAAAAAACGUUUAGAAUAUGAUAAUAAUUCACAAUGGAAAUCAGGUUGGAAAAAGUUAUGCCAAUUAUUACCAGAUGAAAUACAAGUAUAUCUGUCAAAUGUUCACCAGCUGGUUUCAACCUGUUGCAAUGACGUGAGUUCAAAUGCAUCAGCUUUGGCAGAUGAAAUGUCAUUGGAAAUUAUUAAAUUAUUGUUAAAUGAAAGUUUAAUUAUGACAAAAAAAAAUAUGAAACUUGUUAAAGAUAUUUUGGUUAAUUGUGAUACUGUAUUAAUAACAAAAAUAAUGGAAAUUGUUGCUGAUAUACAGGCAUAUAUUGAUGAUGAACAUUUUGAAUUAAUAAAUUCAUUGGAUGAUAUUGAUGUUCCUGAUGUUAUAAGUGGUGGUUUUGGUUCAAAAAUACCAUACAAUGAAAUGUUAAUAAAAUGGCCAGAUGAAAUAAAAAAUCUUCAUGAUAUGAUACAUACUAAAAUUGAAUGUAAAAAUGAUUUUUCAAUGAUAUAUAUACCAAAAGAAGAAGAAAAAUAUUAG